CCUCUUGGCCACCGCUCUGCUCACCGGUGCCACGACUCCACCGCACUGCCAUGGCCCUGGCGUCGGCGUCCUUGGCCCGGCUCUCGACGCGACACCACGUGGCACCGCUCCUCCGGCGCCACCUCUCCGCGUUCCGCGUCACGCGUGCGCUGCACGCGCCGCGGGACGCGUACAGCGUCAUGGGCCUCGACCGCUCGGCGACCCCGCAGGAGGUGAAGGAGCGCUUUCGGAUGCUCGCGAAGCGCCUGAGACGAUGCGAAGAGACGAAGCAAGCUGGUGAAGAGCACCCAUAAAGGAGAGAUGAGUUGAAAAGAUAUGAAAAGAGUAUGUAAACGUAGACAUAUUUAGUGGAUUUGGUCAUCCAAAUGUGCGGAAUGGGUCCAAAUGUGCGGAAGGACUCCAAUAUCCGACCAGAAUUCAGAAUGAAACAAUGUGUUUCUGACUACAGAGGCUCAAGUAGCCAAUUUCAACGAUCCAGAAGGAUCAACCCAUUCGGGGUGGGCAAAGUUACAUAUAUCAUAUAAUAUCAUUGGGUUUGUCCUAUUACAUGUAACAGUCAGUAAACAGUUCUUUUUUUUUACAAGGCCUUUGCUUACCAUCAUCAUCUAAUAGAAUAGACCAAUAUAUUGUUAUAUUAUAUCUACUGUUUGACAAGAAAGCAUGCACACUAUGAGUUCUCGACGAGUUCAAGAGGCCAACAGUCCUACUCACCUACUCCAGACACUCCUCGCCAAGACACUAAGGCAGUACCAUCCGGAUCUGAACACGGAUGCUGAGCUGCUGAAGCAAUGUACUUUUUCAUUUUUGUGGCUCUUCCCCGCCAAAAGUUUAAUCGCCAUCCAAAUCCACUAAAGAAGCAUUAAACAAGCAAUCAAUUGCAAAACACGAGAGGCAAUCCAGCUGGAGGUUGUGGGAACAACACCUGCUUCACCAAGCAGCGCAUGUGUUUCCUUUCCUUCUCUUCAACUUCGUUUGCGACUCCAAGCGUCCAAAACCGUCCCAAUCCGGACCGAACUGGGCGCCACAUUCAUACGCGGUCCACGGAACGGGCCACGGUCCUCCAAGGAAGAUCGCAGCGCGUCGCUGAAGAUGGCGGAGCUCACCAGCGCCUACGACACGCUCAUGGAUCCCAAGCGCCGCGCGGCGCUGGACCAGGCCACGGCGGGCAGCUAUGCAGGCGCUGGGCCCAACAGUUACACUGGAGGGUUUCCGUUCAACCAAAACGACGAGUGGGUCUCCCCUUCGCAGAUGUACUCUGAGUACGCAGACCUCUUCGGCCGCAGCAGCCAGUUCCGCACCACUGGGGAAGCCUCAGCGGCCACGCGAGGGGAGGAUAUCAGCACCAACAUCGAAGUGGCGUUUCUGGAAGCGGCGCAAGGCUGUGAGAAGGUGAUCUCGCUGCGCUUGAAGCAGGUCUGCCCCGAUUGUCGGGGCUCAGGCGCACGAGAAGGUACCACCUGGUCCAGAUGUCGGGUUUGCAAAGGCAGCGGCGUUCAUCGACAGGAGAAGGGGAUCCUAAGUAUGGGCGUUCCAUGUCAAAGAUGUCGUGGCAGCGGAAUGGUGCUGGACCAUCCUUGCCGUGGCUGCCGUGGUGAAAGCACCAAGAUGAUGCCGCGGGAGAUCCGCGUGUCGAUCCCCCCGGGCGUGCGCAAUCUGAUGGAGCUCCGGAUUCCGGGCGCCGGCCACGCGGGCAGCCGUGGAGGAAAGGCGGGGCAUUUGUUCGUACAGGUGAAGGUCCUCCCCCAUGAGCGCUUCCGCCUCGUGGACGACGACGUACACCUGGACGUUCCCCUGACGCUGCGGCAAGCCUUGUUGGGCACCGAAGUGAUGAUCCCCACGCUAGAGGGACGUGAAGAGCGGCUGAAGGUCCAGGCACCUGCGCAGCCGGGCACCACGAAGGUCCUACGUGGCAAGGGCGUCCCGCGCUGCGACGCCGGCGGCCGCGGGAAUAUGGUCCUCCAUUUUCUGCUGCAGUUGCCGCGCAGCCUGAGUCCCCGACAGGUGGAAUUGAUUGAAGAGUUUGAUGGCUUGAUGGCGGCCAAAGUGUGAAAA